AUGCCGGUGCUAAGCCAGUUCCGACUGCCUGGACAUAGCGAAAUUACCGUCAUCAAGACUGACCAGGAGGAAGCUCAAGCCUAUUGGGAAAUCAUUGGGUUUGGAAAAAACAUUUUCAGUUCGAAAGAUGAUGACAAAAUCCGGGCGCAUUUUGCGAAUGAGAGAAAGACAACACAGGUAAACUCAUGGCACAAGUUGCUGUGGCCUUCUCUGGAACUUCCUAGUGCCAUGAAAGCAAGGCAUGCUCAGGGACAAGACUCAGAGCAAGAGGUUUGGUGGCGGAAAAGCAUGUUCACUACUUCUGUGGCAUUUUCUUGGAUAGUGUGGGGCAUUGCAACCCCGAGAAGAAUGCAUGAAGAGAAGGAGAGAAGCCGUCUUUUUUUGGGACAGCUGAUCAAUCACAUCCUUGAGACUCAAGGCCGAAUCUGUCUCAACGUGUCCCAGAUUGGUGACCCUGCUGCGAAGUGCUCAACACAGGUCACGGCCCAGAACGGCACUAUUGAUUCCAGACUGCUUUGGACAAGGGCGAUUUACAACAGAGUCUACCAGAUAUGGAAUAUAAACAAACUGAACCGAAAUCACUGGCUGGAUUCUGACAUCAGCCGUCCUACACUGUUGGACCUGAUAGCCUUUGCGUUCGAUUCGUCAUGCCAACCUGAUGGAGGCCUGUUACAACCUUUGGCUCUUUCACUGGUUCAACAACUGGCCCAAUACGUGGACACCAAUUUGGCUCGGCUCAGUAUCGAGCCUGUCAAAGAGGAGGAACACCGUUCCAAAAACCGUAAACUGGAUCACAGUCUGUUCUUGCAGAAAGUCACGCGAGCAGCGCUGUUUCUUUUGAACGAAAACGUAGCCUACUGGUCGAGGGCGCGCACAGAGAUGCAACAUCGGAAAGUCUUCCACGUAUACGUUGACGGGAGUGCGGUGUCAAAGAAACCCACUGAGCUCGGCUUCAUUUGGUCGCCCGAGUGUCUGCGCGGAGUCUAUGCUUUUGACUGCUCGUCGGUCAUCAUCCAGCUGCACUGGCACAUAGAGAAGAAGACGAGGAUCAUUUGCAUCGAAAACACAAAGGGCCUGCGCAUCAAAAUGAUCAAGCGCCUGUAUGGUGAGCACUACCACAUUUGGACUCUGCGAGUGGAGCCUGCGGAUGUCGGGCACGCAGGGGUCAACAGGGAGAUUUGCAUCAAUCACGUCCAGACCUGCGGUCGCUGCUUACUCCGAGAGAACAAGGAAGAGAGAAGAUGGCAACUCUUGGCUGGCCACAGUACGCCCGCCUGUCCGCUUGCUGCGUUGGAAAGCCUCAUUGCCGACCGACUGGUGGGCGACAUGGCACCAGCGACAUCGAAAAUGAAGAAGAAGGAUGAUGAUAGUAAGAGGGAGUCAUUCCGCCCUUCUACCCGGAUUCGUCGGGCUGAGAAGAAAAAGCCUGUUAAGUGGCCAGACGGAUCCGCAAUUGGCUUGCCCCCAGAAGAAGAUUCAUCUGAAGAGGAUGAGAACGACCAUUUCCGACAGUGGCUUGAGCACAUGGACGAGACCACCUUCAACUCUUCGAUUGUCAAAAAGAUGAGCCGCGAAGAGUUGUUCCUGGCACUUGGAUUCUGCUUGGGAUUUUCCCCUGGCGAUGAGCCCUGCCAGAGGAAAAAAGAGAAGAUGCUGUCUGCUGUGAAGUCAGAAUACCUACGCCGGGGAUCUCCAAUGCAGGCAGUGGGAUGGAAAGUCGCGACCAUGUGUCGGUUCAUGCGGGCCAAGAUUGCCACAUCAGCACCAGGGGACGAUCUGGGGACCUAUGACUAUGAACUACCCGAGAAAAGCGAGCCUGACAUGGAGAGCGACAAGGAGGAGAAUGAUGAGGAAGAGGCACUUCCAGCCAACGGAUGGGCAGUUCUGACUGAAAACGUCAAAGGCAAAAAGACGCACAUUUUGGCCCACAAGAAGACAAACAAGAAAGUUGAUAUUGGACCUCCUGAGUCACAGGCAAACUGGGUUAUUUUCUCGGAUGCUGAGUCUGAAGAACAGUUCAUUUGGCAAGGGAAAAAGUAUUUGCGGGAAUUCUCCCCAAUUGCGUGCUACGAACUGUACAACCAGAUCAACGCAGCGGAAGCCGCAGUGGGGAAAGGUAAAGACGCGAAGAGAAAGAAGAAAGAUGAGGAUGGUCCAGGUGUUGUGCUCGAUCGACCUCAGAGCCUUCGUUCAAUGUGCAGCGAGGGGGACAUGGACGAUUCUUUCGGAGGGAGUGAGAGCGACGAAGACAAGGAGAGUGAACCGAAAGACAAGUGCCUCGAGGAAGACAAAGCCCUUUUCAUUUACGUGGAAAAGGACAAGGGCAAAAAACUCACACAGUUCCUAGUGGACCCUGUGAACCUUCGUGAGCUGAAGCUUCCCGGUGCGGAGAACAACGGGAGUGACUCUUGGUCCAUCUCAAAGGACGGAUUUGGCAACUUGAUCUUGAAAUCCAACAAGACAGGUGUGCCCAACCGCGACCCCACAGUGGUUUUGGCAGGCCGCAAGGCAAAAGAUAUUGAUUCUACUCGCUUACAACAAGUUCGUCAGCAGGAGGAUGAGCACAGUGCAAAGGGCAGCGAUGAAGCACGUGCAGCAGAAGAAGCAAAGGAGAAAGAGCGACAUAGGAAGGCUCAAGAAAUUUUUGACCAGAGAGAAGCAAAAAAACGCAAACUGGAAAUCGCUGCUCAGGCCGAGAAGGCAAAGCAGGAGAAGAAAGAUCUCCAGAGCAGGACAGAGGAGCUUGCUAGACUUCUGCAAGAAAGAAAGCAGAGGAGGUUGCAAAUGGAACAGGACAAGAAAGCAGAAGCAGAAGCACUUGAAAAAGCCAAGCAAGCGGCAGAGAAGAAGAAAUCAGAAGAAUUGGCCAAACAGGCCCAGGCAGAAUCAGAAGCACGGGAGUUGGUUCUGAAGAAGGCGGAUGAAGAGAGGAAGAGGUCAGAGGCAGAAGCGUUGGCCAAUGAGAAGAAGGCACAGGAAGAUAAGAAGAGAGCAGAGUCCGAGAGGGAAGCAAAAAAGAAAGAGCAGCAAGAGGAGGAACAACGGGCAGAAAUUGCAAAGAAACAGGAGGAAGAAGAUUUGAAAGCAGCUCGGAUGAAAUUUGAUGAGAUGCAAAGGGAGUUAGAGAGGGAGAAUGCCCAGUUGUUGGAACAGCAGGCAAAGGCUCCUUCUGAGGAGCAAAUCGCGCAAAUGCAGCAGGAAUUGGAAAAGCUUUCGGAUGAAAUGAUCGAAGAAGACGCAAGAGACGCCGAAGCAGCAGAAGCUGAUUCCCCAACGACUGUCAAUUCGAAUUCGAAACUCACGGAAGGGCCAGAGGAUGAGAACAAAAGCAUGGGCGCCGGCGCAGGCAAUGAAAGCGAUGAAGACGACAAAAGGAUGCAAGAGAUUAAAAAGAUUGCCCAGGACUCUUGUUUAAAUCAGUUCUGGUUCGAGUAG